CUACAAAAAAAAUUCUGAGGUCUUGGCUGAUUUCUUUUGAUUUUCCUAUGAUGUCAAGCAAAGAGGCAUUGAAUUUGAAGGUAGGCCUUGAAAUACAUCCACAGGUACACCUCCAAUUGACUCAAAUGAUGUCAAUUAGCCUAUCAGAAGCUUCUAAAGCCAUGACAUAAUUGUCUGGAAUUUUCCAAGCUGUUUAAAGGCACAGUCAACUUAGUGUAUUUAAACUUCUGACCCACUGGAAUUGUGAUACAGUAUAAUAAUCUGUCUGUAAGCAAUUGUUUGAAAAAUGACUUGUGUCAUGCACAAAGUAGAUGUCCUAACCAACUUGCCAAAACUAUAGUUUGUUAACAAAAAAUUUGUGGAGUGGUUAAAAAACGAGUUUUUUAAUGACUCCAGCCUAAGUGUAUGUAAACUUCGGACUUCAACUGAAGGUGCAUAGAUAGAUAGAUGGGUAGGUAGAUAGGUAGAUGAAUAGAUGGUUAGAUAGGUUGAUGGAUGGAUAGAGGGGGAGAGAUGACUUUCAGAUCUAUAUAUUGUCCAUUCCCAGGCCCUGAGCCUGGAUAUAAAGCCCCGAUGUUUCAGUUCAGUCACAGUAAAUGAAUCACUGAGAUGGCUCUCUGUAUGCCCGGGGCAUUUUACUUGAAUGAUGAUAUGGAUCAUCAUGGCUAUUGGAACAGUAUCUAAGAGGUAUGGGAGUUUUCUCACGGUAACAGCCAUAAAAAUAGGAUACUCACCAGAUAAUGGAUACUCUAAUGGACUUCACAUCAUAUAUUGUAUCCAGUAUACAGUACUGAACCUUGUUUCUCCCACACUGACUAGAAAAACGAAUUGAGAAUUUGUACUGGCAGAUAGGCCUUUGAUCAGGCGUUUGGUUAUGGAUAUGUAGAUUCCAUGUUGUGAUCAUUGUUAAAAUAUGCAGACAUGAAACAAUGGGACUGACAUUCUGUUAUAUUUAUAAAUACCUCACCUGCAAUAUGCUGAAUCAAAGCUGUGAGUUCCUGUCAGUCACACAUCCUUGUGCUCUGUGUUUCUGCCAGAUUUGCGCUGAAUGUAGAUGAGAAAUCACACAUGAAAGAAAAGAGAGAAAUCAAACAAAACCUGUUCUAUGUUAAUAUUGAAACUCAGAGACAGGGUUUUGAUGUGUAAACACACAGACACACCAUUUCAGGCUGUGCGGAGUGUGUUUUUGAGGAUUAAUGUGUUAUUUUAUGAGUAUCUGACUUAGACUGGAGGCUGAGGAACACUGGGGUUUAUUCUCAGUGUAGGGGCUGCAGGACCCAGAGAACACAGGACCAGGAGAGUUAUGGAAGACUGAUUAUUCCUCCAGGUUGAAGAGAUAUAUUGCCGUCCUCAGCUGUAAUAUCUUCACACACGCACACCCACUUGAAUCCUGCCUGAACAGAUACAAAGUGUUUCACCUUGCCUAAAAGGCUGGGAUUUAAUCAUCCUUUUCCCCCAGUAUUGAAAAUAAAUUAGCCUGGAUAGAGAUGGAUUUGUGUCAGGUUUUGGCCAGGACUGUUCAGGUUUUGGUCACUAGAUGUCCCCAUUGCACCUUUUUUGUACCUUUUGUUUUUCCUUGCUCUAAUUAUUGUUUGCACCUGUGUGUCGUUCCCUUGUUAGUAUUUAAACCCUGUGUGUUCCUCAGUUCCUUGCUCAGUGUUUGUAUGUUAGCACCCAGCCCCAGCCUGGUUCUGAACAUAUGAUUCUCUUAUUGGAUUUUCCAGAGGUUCUCUGGUUUAGUUCUUGUGUAUUUUUUUUGAGUAGUCUUUUGAGGUUUGUUUUUCCCUGCUGUUUUUACCACUUUGGAGUUUCUUUGUAUUUUGGAGGAUAUCCAUUUUGUGCUUCUUGGCUUUAUGUUUGGACAUUGUGGAUUUAGAUUCUUUGCCUGAAGAUUUUGUUCUUUAAUUAAACCACCAUCUCUAGUACUGCUGUGUCUGCCUCAUCUUCUGGGUUCUGACGAUUAUUAGUGACUGUUUCUCGCACCGGGUCCUGACAGAUUUGGUUUCAUUUGUGAGAAAAAUUCUGAUAUGCUCAAAUGGAUAGGCGUUACUAGGGCCUGCUCUGUGCUCAUCACUGUCAUAUCUGUUUAUGAUAAUGCAGUGUUAUUUUCCACUGUCACUGAUUUGAAUAUCCCCAGGCAGGGCAGACAGAGAAGAGGCAUAGUCAUAGAUCAUGUGCAGAUCAUACUGUACAUGGUAGUUCAUCCCCAUCAUACAUACAUUGACCUGUCACCUGCUGAGAACACUAAUCUCACAGCAGCACAGAGGAUUUCACCACUACAGUGGAAAUACCCUUAUCACUGACAGCACCAAACUGAUAUAGGAAAAACAUAUUUCCCCCUUGACAGGCCUUACGAUCCCAUAUUGACUGUUUAAAUGGAGAGGAAGAAUAAACUGCUGUGUUUCAUUUCCAUAAUUAGGCCUCAUAAAUGUGUUGGGGAAAGGGGAGGCCGCAGCAGUGCCAGUGGCUCAUCUGAAAUAGAUGUGAGGCGCUAGCACGGUGGCGGUGAAGGGCUCCUGAAUGCUCCCUGUCCUCUGGGGCUAGACCUGUCAAACCAGCCCUGCCAGUACCAACACGCUGGCCUCAGCCCUGCCCAUCCACCCACAUCCAUCCCACCACCCUGGGCCCAGCCCGGUGCUGGCAAAGUCACAGCCUAGAGGUUCCAGGCCUCUAAUUGAUUUCUACCUACCUGUGUUCCCGGUGCUUUCCAGAGACAUGUCUCGAAAAUUGAGUCUCCCUUUAAAACGACGUCGAGCCAAGCAUUUUUCCUCUCUCUAGCCCGCCCUGGUUGUGUAAGUAAUGUGCCCACAGUCAGAUCAACGAGCACUGGCUGCUGCUGCCACACCAAAAGGAUCUUCCUCUGUCACUGUGCCGGCCCGGUAGCAUAGGCAGAUAUUCCCCUGGGAGAGAGUAACAUGCAGGUAAUCUCUGAAGAGACAGACACAGAAUACUGUUCAUCAGAGUGGCCGAGUUCAUAUCCACAAUACACCUCUGAUAGGAACAAAUAUACAUAUCAAAUAUGCAUCAUACAUUUAGGCUACCACUCUCUAAUCUACUAAUAUACAUUCAGUGCCUUCAGAAAGUAUUUAUACCCCUUGACUUAUUGCACAUCUUGUUAUGUUACAACUUGAAUUCAAAAUGGAUUAAUCCGAUUUUUUUUUCUCAACCACCUACACACAAUACCUAAUAAUGACAAAAUAAAAACAAAACAUUUGAGCAAUUAAAAAAAAAAUUACAAUACAGAAAUAUCCCCACACCCCUGAGUCAAUACUUUGUAGAAUCACAUUUGGCAGCAAUUACAGCUGUGAGUCUUUCUGGGUAAGUCUCUAAGAGCUUUCCACACCUGGAAUGUGCAACAUUUGCCAUAAUGUUUUCAAAAUUGUUUAAGCUCUGUCAAAUUGGUUGUCCAUCAUUGCUAGACAACCAUUUACAGGUCUUGCCAUUGUUAGGUGCCUCCUAAGAAGAGGUAUGUGCAGGAGUCAGGAGCAGGAGAGCAAGGAAUUCCAGUUGGCACAGUCGUUUAUUAUAAGUCCCAACCCGACAACAACAGGUGGGGAAAAUCACGAAACACACAGAGGAGAAACCUCUACUCCUAAUACAGUACCAACGGUACAAUGACUGUGAGGGGGAAAAAAACCUGUGGCGCAAACACGCACCCCUAACAGAGCUAACACAGCAAAAUAAUCCCACACAAAGACUAGCAGGCAGUGGAGGUUAAUAAACCACCAAAAUUAACUAAUCAGACACAGGUGAUAACAAAAAUAGACAGACACAAACGAAAAGGGAAAAUGGAUCAGUGGCAGCUAGUAGGCCUGCGACGACGACCGCCAAGCACCGCCCGAACAGGGAGAGGAGCCACCUUCGGUGGAAGUCGUGACAGCCAUAGAUUUUCUAUGAGAUUUAAGUCAAAACUGUAACUCAGCCACUCAGGAACAUGCAGUAUCUUCUUGGUAAGCAACUCCAGUAUAGAUUUGGCCUUGUGUUUUAGGUUAUUGUUCUGCUGAAAGUUGAAUUCAUCUCCUAGUGUCUGGUGGAAAGCAGGAUUUUGCCUGUACUUAGCUCCUUUCCAUUUAUUUUUUAUCCUGAAAAACUCCCCAGUCCUUAACGAUUACAAGCAUACCCAUAACGUGAUGCAGCCACCACUAUGCUUGAAAAUAUGGAGAGUGGUACUUAAUAAUGUGAUGUCUUGGAUUUGCCCCAAACAUAACACUUUGUAUUCAGGACAAAAAGUGAAUUGCAUUGCCACAUGUUUUGCAGUGUUACUUUAGUGACUUGUUGCUAACAGGAUGCAUGUUUUGGAGUAUUUGUAUUCUGUACAGGCUUCCUUCUUUUUACUCGGUCUACUAGGUUAGUAUUGUGGCAUAACUACAAUGUUGUUGUAGUUACUCCUAUCACAGCCAUCAAACUCUGAAACUGUUUUAAAGUCACCAUUGGCCUCAUGGUGAAAUCCCUGAGUGAUUUCUUCCUCUCCAACAACUGAGUUAGGAAGGAUGCCUGUAUCUUUGUAGUGACUGGGUGUAUUGAUACACCAUUCAAAGUGUAAUUAAUAACUUCCCCAUGCACAAAGGGAUAUUCAAUGUCUGCUUUUUUUGCCCAUCUACCAAUAGGUGCCCAUCUUUGCGAGGCAUUGGAAAACCUUACUGGUCUUUGUGGUUGAAUCUGUGUUUGAAAUUCACUGCUCGGCAAAGGGACCUUACAGAUAAUUGUAUGUGUGGGGUACAGCGAUGUGAGAGUCCUUCAAAUAUCAUGUUAAAAAAUAGUCCAUGCAACUUAUUAUGUUACUUGCUAAGCACAUUUUUACUCCUGAACAUAUUUAGGCUUGCCUAAAUACUUAUUGACUCAAGACAUUCCAGCCUUUCAUUUUUUAUUAAUUUGUACAAAUUUCGAAAAACAUAGUUACACUUUGACAUUAUGGGAUAUUGUGUGUAGGCGAGUGAUAAAAAAAUCUACAUGUAAUCAAUUUUACAUUCAGGCUGUAACACAACAAAUGUGUAAAAAGUCAAGGGGUGUGAAUACUUUCUGAAGGCACUGGAUACAUUGAUAUGCAUUACAAUUCUGGACCAUAAUCUUUUACAUUUUCUGAACAACAAGACAGGUCUUCUGUACACAAAUAUAGUGAGCCAUAUGCACACAAUGUGUAUUCAAUACAAAUUCAAUACAAUGUGAACUCAGAUUUUAUAGGCUUAUUGUUGGAUGUGUAGUAUGAUUUAUAACAUACUCGUGUUCUUUCACCCUUCACUCACCCAGCUGUUAGAACAGCAGGACUAGUACAUGUCACAGUUCAUGUAUGUAGUAUGCUCCUUAUUUGAUAUAAAAAGGAGGAGAAUUAGGAGGACACCGAUAUGAUUAAUUACUUUACUGAAAUCUCUGACUCACUUUCAUUUUUUCUAGCUUUUGUUCAUCAGAGGUAACCUGCCACCAACAGGCCAGAGCAGUCAGGUUGAUUGACAUUCUGACUGAUUAACUUGAAAACUAAGUGUUUGCUUUUUUCACCUGUUUUUGGCGGAGUAAAAGCUCAUUAAAAGACAGAAACUAACCUCUGCACAAUAGCACAGCAACAAUAAUAAUUUCAGAGAUGUAUUCUACCCUGUUAGGCAUAUCAAAUUAGUCCCCAAGAAGUCUGCAGGCUGGUGCUGUGUAGGCUGGGUGAUAUCUCCAGUCUAACCCUCUGCUGAGAAACUAUACAGAAUGUCAGGUAUUUCAGUCCAAACAUAGAACCAGACCUGGGCUCAAAUACUAUUUGAAAUCUUUCAAAUAUUUUAAACAUUUGCUGUUUGGGUGGGAUUUUUACUUUUGGGACUUGUCUAUUGUUUCCAUUGAAACAGGCAAGGUCAAUCAAACACAGCUAAAAUAUUCAAAAUGAUUUCAAAUAGUAUUUGAAACCAGGUCUGCACAAAACCUGGUGUGCAUGUAUUUGACUUGCUCAUAAAUGUAUUCUAACAUACCGGUGUGACUGUUUAUUUUCACUUUGUCAGCAGCAAACUAAAUAUAUUACUCUCAGUUUCACAGAAAUGUUGCGCUGUCAGUAGCCUAUUUAGCAGAUAUGAAUUUGUUAUUCAUGCUGUUAUUUAGGUUAAAACCCAGCUAGCACAUUAGGUUCCUUGGAAGUUGUGGAAACUUAUGUUUUUUCCUAUGGUGUGGGAAUGAAGCCAUAUAGUUCCUGACCGGUAAAACGGAAAGUUUUUAAACCUCCUGAGAACAGACGUUAAAAUUCCGCCUGGACACGCCAUCAUGAGGCCUCAAAUAGUGACCCGAGUUACUUCCCUGACGACACAGACGGCUUCAUCAACAACAACAGGCCCUCCCAGUCAACACCACCUCAUAAGACGGCCUGCUGCAGUUGUCCAGUUUGCAGCCGAACAUGCAUCAUAGAGAAGACCAGCAAGAGAGCCCUCAUCAGCAUCAUGCAGACAUGCCCUUGCUGUGAGCAUCACUAUGAAUGGAACAGUCAGUCACAUGUUGGCAAGUAUCCGGCCAGCAACCUUCACCUGUCAGCGGCAACGGCUUUCCCCAGCUCAUCAUUUGUACAAAUACAGAAGUAUCUUUGAGGGGCCAGGAGCUGAUGAUCUACUCUCCCAUGCCUGACGACCAUCAUUGGGGCUCUGGCAAAGACCUCACCUCCAGCCUCACCUCUUACCUGCUCACCAAUGGUCGUCGAUGGGGAGACCAGAAUUAGAUGGAGAGGACUGUAAAUGUUUUUGCAGAUGACAGUCUUGGUGGUUUGAUGGGGAGGAACAUAAUUGGAAACACAUAUGGAGCCAGCAUGUGGAGACUUGCAAGAUGAUUUGAUGAAGUCCACGCUGACAGACGGGCUUGAUACUGAUGGCUCUGAAUGGCGAGAGACCUGGCACUCGGCAUAAAUGUUUAACUUGUCACAACAUGUACUUGUAUUGUCUUUUUUAAUUAUUGAAUGUUAUCAGUCAAUAUGGGGAGGGAGAAACCCUGUGUAUUCUGCACCAGGAUCAGGAAACUCCUGUUUUAUACGGAACACAACAUUGAAAGGUAUGACCACUCUGACAUGUUUGCCCCAUUACCACCAGACAACAUGUUGAUUGGCUCUGUAUCGGCUGGGCAUGACAAGGAAAGGUGUGCAUUGUUAUAUUAGCAGAACAUUGCUUCUAUGGUAUGAUGUAAGUGGUUGUUUAUUCAACACGGACCUGUUGCUACAUUUGAAAGUUAGCAAAACACUUAGUUUAGAAUAUCUACAUAAAUUCAGCCAUUGCAUUCUUUUCAUAUUACUCUGUAGGCUACUGACCUAUUCAAAGCUUCCUCCGUCAUCUCACCGUACAUCUCUGCCUGUAGUUAUUGAACUCAACCUGCAGGAGGUUUGUUUGUUAUGAUUGAGUGGAGGGAAACAGCUGCCGGAAAGGUCUGACAGAUAGGUGUGUCUUGGUGAUGGCAAGGACACACCCCCAAGAAACACAGACAUCAAACCACACCCACAAGACAACUCACAUUUGGCUUCUGUCAUGGCCGCCAGCAUUUCUUGAGAAGCAAUCCAAGAAAUGAGGCCAAAUCAGCAGGUGCAGUUAUCCUUUAAAUACCCAGUACAACACCCCAUGGCAAAAUGGAUAGAAUUUCAGGAAAUUACCUUCCAGACCAGAGUUCGGAAUAUAAAUAUACAUUCAGUGGACAGUUUAUUAGGUACACCACCCAGUUCACGAAAAUGGUUCACUCCUACAGACAGUGAGUCACGUGGCUGUGGUUUGCUAUAUAAAGCAGGCAGAGAGGCAUCAAGGCAUUCAGUUACUGUUCAAUUGAAUGUUAGAAUGGGCAAAACAAGUGACCUAAGCGACUUUGAGCGUGGCAUGAUCGUCGGUGCCUGCCAGGCACGCUGGUUCCAGUACCUCAGAAAUGGCCGGCCUCCGUGGCUUUUCACGCACAAUAGGGUGUAGGGUUUACCGAAAAUGGUUUGACAAACAAAAAACAUCCAGUCAGUGGUAGUCCUGUGGGUGAAAACAUUUAGUUGAUGAGAGGUCGAAGGAGAAUGGCAAAAAUCAUGCAAGCUAACAGACGGGCCGCAAACAGGCAAAUAACGGCUCUGUAUAACAGUGGUAUGCAGAACGGCAUCUCGCAAUGCACAACUCGUCGGUCCUUGUAAAGGAUGGGUUAUUAUAGCAGACGAACACAACGGGUUCCUCUUCUAUCAGCUAAAAACAAGAAGUAGAUCCGGUGGGCACGUGAUCGCCAACUCUGGACAAUUAAGGAGUGGAAAAACAAAGCCUGGUCCGACGAAUUCCGGUUCCUGUUUCGUAAUGCUGCAGGCAGUGUCAGGAUUUGGCUUAAGAGUCCAUGGCCCCAUCCUGCCUGGUGUCAACGGUACAGGCUGGUGGCGGUGGUGUAAUGGUGUGGGGAAGGUGUUCCUGGCACACGUUGGGUUCCUUGAUACCAAUUGAGCAACAUUUCCAAGCCCCGAAUAAUUCAGGCUUUUCUGGAAGCAAAGGGGUGUCCGACCCAGUACUAGAUGGAUGUAUCUAAUUAACUGGCCAUUUAUGAGUGUAUUUAUGAACUGUAUGUGAAUGUGCAAGCUAACUAGCUAAAUUGCCAUACAUGUUUAAUGCUUUUCGACCUGUUCCCAAAUUAAUGUAAUUGGUUCAGAGUUUGUUUUGAUAUUUGAACCUGCGUGUCGUGAUCGCAUUUGGUGUAGGGGGACAAAAUAAAUGUAUGCAAGAGACGCACGUGCGCAGCCGGUUUGGGUUCCGUGUAAGCUUCAGAGUACUGGGCGGAGGCCGGCUAGUGAUGACUGUUUUAACAGUCUAAUCUGUUCUAUGUGCGUUAUUUAUAUGCUUGCCGUGCUUAUGUUUAAUUUUUGCAUCUUUUUCUUUCGGUUUUGUACACCAGCUUCAAACAGCUGAAAAUGCUACAUUUUUGGUUAUGAAAAAUAUAUUUCACAGUGGUUUAGAUGGUACAAGGAUUCUCUACACUAUACUUGCUGGUUUUGUCACAUAAACUGAAAUUAGGAGAACUAUUAGAAUUUUAGCAACCAGGAAAUGGUGGAGCAAUUUUUGCAUAGUGCAUCUUUAAAAAGAUAAUAGAAAGAGUUUUGUUGAUGCUGAGAAUGGUAUAUGUUUUUAAAUAACAUUCUUAGAACAUUCUCUGAACUUAACUGAAGUUUUCUUGUGGUUUUUAUGGAAUAUUUUCUUAACGUCAAAUUUGAGAACAUGACUUUAAAUAGAACCAUGAGGAAACUUUAUGCUGAAAUAAUACAAUUCCCACAGAAGAUUAUUGUUUCUUAAUGUUUUUUUUUGAGAACAUUCCCAAUGGCAAACCAGUUGGCGAACGUUCCUGGAACAUAACCUACAUUUAUUUUAAAUGUAACCAUGUUUGAACUUUUAAGAAACGUUCUGUUAAAGUAAUGAAAUUCCAAGAAAAUAAAGUUUUUUGAAAAGUACCUAAAUGGGCUAAGGAUGUUCCAAAGCCAAGCAACUAUCUUGUACCAUUCCCAGAAAGUUGUGGGAAGAUUGUAUGCAAAAUAACCAUAGAACAACCGCGCUCUCACCAAGAUGUAAGAGGUUCUAAGAAUGUUAUGUGCUAGCUGGGAAGCCUUGUCAAUAUCAGCUGUGUUAAAUUAAAUGCAACUCACUGUCUGAUAUGUUUUAUGGCUUGUAUCUCUCACCGGGAACUCUCAAUCCCUCACCGCCCCCCUCUAUCUCGCAGUCUCCCUCUCCCUCUCUAUAUCUAUUCUUUAUCUAAAUCACCAUCUGUUUCUGGGAUGAUAAUGGAACAAUGUAAUGCAUUCACCAUUGUUGCAGACUUCUAAUACCUCUCCUGGUUUCUGUGUGUUGCAGACUUAUUCAGCUGAAUUGUGAGAAGAGAGAAAAAUACGUGAGUGAGUAAGAGGACAACCCUGAACAUCCCCUGGCCCCCUUCUGAAUAGAAACGCACACACACUCGCAAUCAUCGCGGACUGCUCGCACUCUCACACUAACUGUGGAUGGACCGCAGCUCUAGAAAAAAAACACUACAAGCCUGAAAAGGGAGGACACUGAUGCCCAUGACCCCACACCUAUCCUCCAGGCUGUCCUCAGGAACCCUGCCUCUCCUCUAAGUUCAGUGUGACCAGACAGAGAGAGCAGACAACAUGGCUCCAAGCCCCCUCCUCUGGCCCCCGCUGGGAUGGCUGUGUGUGGGGCUGCUUUUGCCCCUGGUGCGGGGCGGGGAGUGCCCGCGGCUGUGUGUGUGUGAGGUGCGCCCCUGGUUCACCCCCCAGUCCACCUACAGGGAGGCGGCCACGGUGGACUGCAACGACCUGCGGCUGACACACAUCCCCUCCAACCUGUCUUCUGACACCCAGGUGCUGCUGCUCCAGAGCAACUCCAUCGCCCACACCAGCGGGGAGCUAGAAGCCCUGUUCAACCUGACGGAGCUGGACAUGUCCCAGAACAACUUCAGCACAAUGGAGGCUGUGGGCCUGGCCAACAUGAACCAGCUUACCACCCUUCACCUGGAGGAGAACCAGAUUAGCCAGCUUCCUGGCCACUGCCUGCAGGACCUCAGCAACCUACAGGAGCUCUACAUCAACCACAACCAGAUCAGCACCAUCGCCCCUGGGGCGUUCUCCGGUCUGCAUAGCCUGCUGCGCCUCCACCUCAACUCCAACAGGCUCCGGGUUAUCGACAACCGCUGGUUCGAGGCAACGCCCAACCUGGAGAUCCUGAUGAUCGGAGAGAACCCUCUCAUUGGCAUCCUGGACAUGAACUUCAAGCCCCUGGGGAGCCUGAGGAGCCUGGUCCUGGCCUGCAUGGACCUCACUGACAUUCCUGGGAAUGCUCUGGUGGGCCUGGAUAACCUGGAGAGCCUAUCCUUCUACGACAACAAGCUGGUCCGGGUGCCCCAGCUGGCCCUGCAGAAAGUGCCCAACCUGAAGUUCCUGGACCUGAACAAGAACCCAGUGCACACGAUCCAUGAGGGAGACUUCAGGAACAUGCUGCGUCUGAAGGAGCUUGGUAUCAACAACAUGGCUGACCUGGUAUCCAUCGACCGUUACGCCCUGGACAACCUGCCUGAGCUGACCAAGCUGGAGGCCACUAACAACCCCAAGCUGUCCUACGUGCACCGGACGGCCUUCAGGGACGUGUCCUCCCUGGAGAGCCUGAUGCUAAACAACAAUGCCCUCAACUCUGUCUACCAGCACACCGUGGAGGCGCUGCCCAACCUCCGCGAGAUCAGCCUGCACAGCAACCCACUGCGCUGCGACUGUGUCAUCCAGUGGAUGAGCUCCAACAGGACCAGUGUGCGCUUCAUGGAGCCCCUGGCUAUGCUGUGUACCUCGCCGCCCGAGCUCCGGGGCCAGCGAGUCAGAGAGGUGAAGCUGCAGGACUCCCCAGAGCAGUGCCUGCCCUUCAUCUCCCACGACACCUUCCCCAGCCACCUGAGCCUUGAGCUGGGCAUGAGUGUCAGCCUGGACUGCAGGGCUAUGGCUGAGCCUGAGCCAGAGAUAUACUGGGUGUCUCCUAUGGGGAGCAAGAUAACGGUGGACACGGUGUCGGAGCGUUACCACCUGAGCAGUGAGGGCACCCUGCGACUGUCCCACGUCCAGGUGGAGGACUCAGGUCGCUACACCUGCGUAGCCCAGAACACAGAGGGCGCCGACACACGCGUCACCACCAUCCGGGUCAAUGGUACCCUGGUGGACAGCGCCGAGGUGAUGAAGAUCUACGUCAAGCAGACCGAGUCCCACUCCAUUCUGGUCUCCUGGAAGAUCAACUCCAACGUCAUGACCUCCAACCUCAAGUGGGCAUCAGCCACCAUGAAGAUUGACAACCCCCACAUCACCUACACUGCACGCGUGCCCGUCGACGUGCACGAGUACAACCUGACCCACCUGCAGCCGGCCACCGAGUACGAGGUGUGCCUCACUGUGUCCAACAUUCACCUGCAGACCCACAAGUCGUGCGUCAACGUGACCACGCGCAGCGUCACCUUCACCCUGGACGUGUUGGACCAGAGACCUAGCGCCGCCCUGCUAGCCGUCAUGGCCACCAUGCUGGCCUUCCUCAGCCUGGCUACUGUGGGGGUGUACGUGGCCCGGCGCUGGAAGAAGAAGAACUACCACCACUCCCUGAAGAAGUACAUGCAGAAGACCUCCUCCAUCCCCCUCAAUGAGCUCUACCCGCCCCUCAUCAACCUAUGGGAGGCAGACAGUGAGAAGGACAAGGAGGGCGGUACAGAGAGCAAGCCCUCCCCCGUGGACACCACACGCAGCUACUACAUGUGGUGAAGCGGGCCUGCACCAGCACACACAGACACUUUUGCCAUUUUGGUGCAAAAGUCGUAUAAAAGUCAUAAAACAUUUUUUUUUGUAUUUUUCAGCUUUGCUAACACAUGGCAGAGUGAUAAAGGACAGGAUUUUUAUUAGUAUAGCGUAUCGCCUUUGUUUGACUCUCUCUUUUUCUCUGUUAUCGUUUGGACUAGUCCAAGAUGGCAGCUGUGUCUAGCUUCCGGGUUGUCUUAGUUGCUGCAUUUUAUUUCUGUGAUGCGUUUUUGAAGGACAGAUUUUUGUCUUGUUGAUGCAGCAGCAGGUACUAUUAGUCGAGGUAAAGGUUCCUCUGGCAAUGUUGUUAGGGAUUGCACUGCUCAUUCUCUCUUUUUGUAAAACAGGUGAUCUGUUGUGCACUGAAUUGUAAAGGAGUUUGUAUGGACUUCAAUUAAAAGCUGACUAAGGGGAUUAGACUUCGUAUACUGUCUACUGAAUAACUCUAGCGAUUGUACGGUAAUGUUGUAUCAACUAUCAUUUUAAACUCUUUUUUGGAAUUAGUUUGCUGAUAAAUGUGCUGUAAAGCUAGAAAUGUGAAUGUUUGAUAACAUAACUAGGUACAGUAGAAGCUUUUUUAUUUACUCUGAAUUAUUUAUUUCUUAUUUGCUCAAAUCUGUUGCUGACCACUAACUUUUGUUGUGAUUUUAACAUGCAAAAUGUUGUAUAUGAGGAAGAAGUUUAAAUAAAUAACAUUGUUGUUUGUUUUAUAUAAAUGUCUCUUAAUCA